GCGCAUUUGCGUGAAGUCUUUUAAUAUAAAAAAGAGCCGCCUUUGAGUUUUAUCAAUCAGUAUUAAAUUCAUUUUCACGUUUGUUGGUAUCGUUAUCAGUCAGUUCAAAAUUAAGAUGUGUCUAUUAGCUAACUGUUUUGCCAUAAUUUUUGUUACUCUAUUUGUUCAAAUUCAAUGCAAAUUCUACAUAGAUGACUUCCAAAAGGACUCGACCGUCUCCACAUGGGCGGAACACUCGGACACAGUGAUGGCAGAAGGCAAAUCCAAGGCCAGCUUCGUCUUGCACGAAACUGGCUACUUCAGAAAGGCCGUCCUGUUCACCAUGCUUAACCCACAACCGUGCGGCGCCGCUUUGGCCGGUAUAAAGAGAAACAUCACUUUGGAUAUAAGAAAAUUCAAGUUCAUCUCCCUGAAGAUCAAAGGCCAAGGACAGUACAGGGGCUACGAGCUGUUUUUGAAACAGAAAGGGAGCUCUGUGGACGAUUAUCCCAAUUACGUGCAUUAUUUUGAGGCACCUCUCGAGUAUGAAAUAAUCCAUCUGCCCAUAAGAAGUUUCAAAGCGUACUGGAAGGGGGAACAGGUCGAAGACGCAAAGCCGCUGGACAGAAGCCACAUAACUUCAAUGGGAAUAGUCGCUUAUGGCGGAGCGCACAUGGCCAAGAAACAACAUGGCGUCGCUGCUCUUGAAAUCGAAUGGAUUAGGUUAGAAUAACUCGCAUGUAAGGGCAAGUACAUAUUUAUUACCUACGUGAGGCGUUCUACGAAGAUCUUGGCAGACGAUGCAAAAAGUUUAUAAACUUACUUACCUAAGUAAAGUGAACAACUGAUUGUGCCAUCAUGGUGGUGCAACAGAACAUCACAGUUUAUAUAACUUCUACUACAAUAUUUAUCUCCUACUUUUUGGAACAUUCUAUAUGUGUUAAGUUUCUCACCCAGUGUAUAUUUUAUAUGGAAUAAAAGUCUCGUCAGUAUA